CUAUUUUGGAGGGAUGCCUCCGAACAGACACCUCUUCUUCCCAUCUCUUCCAGAUGUAUAUAUACUUGAGAAUCAAUGGAAACCAGGACGGAUUGUCCUUUCACUUUCAAUCUCGUUUUACUCUAACACGUUAUCACGCACGUUGCUCUCCAAUAGAGCAAGAACCUGCCGGCGAACUCGCUGGAACUGAACAAAAUCAACAGGCAAAAGGUGAGACAGAAGAACAAAUGCCUGGGAAUCUUCUCUCCUUGUUUCUUCGCCUCCUUCGCGAUGACGGCCGUUGCCGCCGUUUCGUCGCUCGCCGCAGUCAUCAUGGUGUGGGCGGACUUCGUCGCUUCCACCGUCGAGUGCGCGACCUUCCCGCUUCGGUGGAGGUUGGAAGUCACCGCCACCAGAUCGGCGCCCUGAGCGUGCCGGUGCAGGCCCUAGCGCCGGCCGCUCGGCUUUUCGCGCCGCUGGCCCAUGAGCCGGCCGCGCCGCUGAUGCCGGCGGUGGCUGACUGGCUGUACGCCGGUCCGGCCGCUCCGACGCUGCACAUCGACCCGGUCGCCCCUGUCGAAAUAGUUACGCCUCCAGAGAACGACAUCGUCGAGGACGAGGACGAGGCUGCGCCGCUGCCAUCUCCGACCCCUACGGUCGUCGAGGUUGGAGCCAGCCGCGCGCUCGCCUUCCUGUCCACGCCGACGGGAUCCGCUGCUUCUCAAGUGCCGCGCCGGACGACGCCCCUGCGCCUCCGCAUCUACCAUCCCCCACGCCAACCACGCCUCCUCCUCGUCGCCGCCUUAAGUCCUUCGGCUUCACGGCGUCGAGCCCUCCGUCGAGCAGCCGUGCCGCCGCGCGCGUGGGGACUUGGAGCCCGGCCGCCCUCGGGCUCGCAAACGGCGUCUCCAACGGCGUCGAGCCGGGCACCCUGCUCAUUGGAGUUUCCCCGGACAAGGACGGGCGCAGGGGGAGCGCCUCCCGCCGCCGGUGAAUGCCGCUGCGGCGGCGUGCUUCCUGGUGGCACAGGGCGGCCGUGUGCCUGGGUUACUCGAGCGUGGUUGGGAACGAAGCGAUGGGGAAUUUCCCCCUCCGUCGCUCUGCUUAUCUGUUGGUAGUGGACUAGUCUGGACAUGGGCAUGCGGCAGGGGAUCAAAAGGCACCACGUGCCUUGCUGUUUGUUCGUUUGCCUUGACCGCUUGACUAGUCCUAGUUCAGCUAAUCAGCAAAUUAGUCUUAAUUCAAUCCUGUUUAGACUCUGUUAUUUCCAGUAUUUGUCUUAAAUACUGAUUUCUGUAGAGUACCUUGUAUUUCAGAAUUAUAUUUCCAUGUUUCUUACAUGUUGAGAUUCAUUA